AUGUCUGAACCUCUGGUCGAAGCCACGGUACCACCGGCCGACUAUAAAAAACUAGAGCGCCGAGCGCGUCUCAAGGUGGACGCAUUGAUUGUACCCACAUGUCUGGUCUUGUACCUGUUUUCGUUCCUGGACCGAGUCAACAUCGGCCAAGCCAAAGUAAGUGGCAAGCCAGAAGGUGUAGUCGAUGGAAAAAUGCAGUACGCUGAUCCGGGUGAGGGCAUUAUGGAUACGUUGCAUAUGACAGAUCAUGACUACUCUAUUGCCCUGACAGUUUUAUUCGUGACAUACAUCUUCUUUGAGAUUCCCUCCAACCUAGUGAUCCGGCGCAUCGGAGCAGGGCUCUGGAUCCCAUUGCUGGUUGUGGCGUGGGGAAUUGUGGCGACCUUGCAAGGUCUUGUGCAAUCCAAGUAUGGUCUGUAUAUCAAUCGGAUUUUCCUAGGCCUUACAGAAGCUGGUGUCUUACCCGGUAUUGCCGUCUACCUCACAUUCUUUUACAAGCCACGCGAGCUGCAGUUCCGUCAGGCCAUCUUCUUCACAGGUGCGUCGCUGAGUGGUGCCUUCUCUGGCUUGCUGGCUACCGCGAUUCGUAAGAUGGAUGGUAUGCAAGGCCAGGAGGGAUGGCGCUGGGUGUUUUAUCUGGAAGGUAUCGCCACUGUCUUGAUCGGCGUAGCCUGCUUUUUUAUUCUACCGGACAAUAUCCAAAAAUGCUGGUUUCUUUCGCCCCUCGAGAAGCAAGUUAUGGCUGAGCGCCUGUAUGAGUCCCGUGUGAUCCAGCCCCAUCGUGUGCACAAAGAAGGCAUCGAUACCACACAAGACCCAUUGCAACAGUCUUCUAACUUUGAGUCGAAAAAAUUAUGGCGUCACGAACUUUUCAGGACCUAUACAGAUCCUGCUGUGUGGCUUCUAAGCUGCAUUGGUUUUUGUGUAUCGUUGGCCAUAUAUUCUAUUGCGUAUUUUUCGCCUGUCAUCGUGCAAGAGAUUGGCCACUAUACCCCUAUUCGCUCAAUGCUCAUGUCCUGUCCUCCGUUUGCGGUGGCGUUUGGCUACAGUAUUCUCAUCGCCUUUGUGUCUGAUCAUUUCGGACUGCGCAUUGUCACAGCUUUACCUGGCUUGCUGCUGAGUCUCGUGGGCUACAUUGUCAUGUACACGUCGAAAGAAUCCAUGACGCGCUAUGGAGGUCUGAUCAUGGCCACCGCAGGCUCAUAUUCUGUACCGCCAGCACUUUUUUCCUGGAUCGCCAACAAUUCAGCUGGUCAUUAUAAACGGACGGCAGGUAUUGCUAAUAUUCUUGUGUUUGACAACUGUGCCGGUCUACUAUCGACGUGGCUGUUCCCACGGUCAGAAGCUAAAGGCGGCUACAAGCGUGGCACGCUCGUGAACCUGGCUCUGCAAGCCGUUGGUUUGGUUGUCCUUCUCAUCGCUGAAGUAUACUACUUAUACGAGCGCCGCAUGAGACACCUUGGCAAGCGCAAUGAUCGUGUGCAGCAAUUACAAGAAAAAUAUGCCUGGUCAGAAAAUGAGAUUAGGGCCUAUCUUGGUGACCGCCAUCCAGAGUAUCAUCUGGAGGUGUAA